ACAUCAGUUCCCAAACUGUCAGCCCCCCUCUGCCUCGCUGGCUCACAGUCACACUUCCCCUUCUGCCAAUAUAAAGUCCAGCUCUACGUAAUGGUAAGCCUGACAUGAGUCAUGAGCUCAGUGGAUGCUCUAACAGACUGACAGUGACCCUGUUCAAUACCGUUAUCAGCGAGAGGCACCGCCAGCAUCACCAUGGACAUCACGGAUUCUCUGGUAAAAGGAGGAGUGUCGAUCAUACACCAGAUCCACGAGGGAAAGCAUCAGUAUGAAGUGGACAGUGUCAUCAAAUUAAAAAAAGCAAAUGCUGGGAAACCAUUUGUCAGGAAAGGAGACAGACUGAUGCAGAUUAAUGGCGUCACUCUUCAGGAUAUCAUACCUGAGGAGCUUGCAGAAAUGCUGGCCCAGGGUAAUCCGAUGUUGACAGUGCACCAGGCCACCAAGAUUAAAGAGCAACAUGCUGACCAGACCUGCCCUGAUGAGGAUGCUCUCUAUCCCGUCUCCAAGGAGACCACCCUGCUCCGCUUUAGCCUGGAGAUGAGGAGAGAGGAAGACUUGGGGGACGAUGAGAGGAAGCCUACGGAGCAAGGAUGGGAGGGCGGGGACAGAGACGACAAGGUUUGCCAAAGUGAAAACGGGGAUGUGGGCCAGAAGGGGGAUCUGCUCAUCAUUGCCAUGAUGAACACCAGCGUCACUGUGGUGAAGGGGAGAGCCUGCGAUAAUGGAAGCUCAUGUCUUUGCUGUUCUGGGAAAGGAUGCACCAUUAACGAAGUCGUUAUGGUGGCAGAAUCCAGCGUGGUGACCCUCGUGCCAAGAGGAGGUGGCUGUAGCAGUUUCAAACAGGAAAAAAAGAUGGCCAACAUUUCACUGGAACAUGCUGCCUCUAAUAAAUAUAUCAGAAGUUUCUGUACGCAGAACAGGCCCUACGUGUCCCCAAACCCAGAGAAGAUCACCAUCUACUCCUACAAGGCAGAAGUGACAGCAAGACAGGCCCAAGGAACUCCAGUGGCCCUGAACUUUUCUGACUCCAACUGCUUCCUGAAGUGCUGCAAGGACGGGGACAAGGUGCUUCUGAAAGUGGAGGCAUGUGAAAAGCAGAAACUGAAGAAGAUUUGUCAAAACGAUGCGACGGGCCUUUCAUUCAUCUUCUACAUGACGUCUACCAAGACCAAAGAGCGGAAGUUCGAGUCCGCCCUGUGCCUCGGCUGGUUCAUCCACAUUGUCAACUCUGACAAGCUGGAGAUGGUAACCCCGAGCGGGCAGGCAGAUGAUCCAUCCUUCUUCUUCAUCAUUCAGAAGUAAUGGAGAAUCACUCUGUCCAGGGAGGUUCCCAUCCCCGGGCCAGUCGAGCCAAAGGGUCCAGUUUCCUAACUUUUGUCUGAAUCUAUCCUGUUUCCUCUUUGACACACAUACAGUCUUUCCUUCAACUCAAAAUGACAGUGCACUUAUUUUACAUUAUGCUUUAAUAAUCCACUCUUAAUGUUUUGAAUAUAUAUCAACAUUUCAGUUUCUGUAAGGAUUCGGAUUAGGGAUUAGGGCAUUCUGCGAUAGUGGAAAAAAAAAAUACAUUAUGGGAAGCUCACCUGUUUGAGCACCAUGCCAUCUAGAGACACAUGGAAAAGUUCUGUGUCAGUGCAUUGUAGCUAUAUCUGCUAUUGCAGAAGAGCGUAGAUAUGUAUCAUACAGCUAUAUCUAAUUUAAAUGGGUUUUUUUGUGCUUAUGUUUUAGAAUUAGAGAUGUGAUAUCAGGAUUGGCCUUACAUUUUGUUACUUACACAAUUCCUUUUUUAGCUUGCUUUUUCAUUUUU